GCUAAGUUAAAAUAUGAAACGCAUAGUGAGGAUUGGGAACGCGCGAUUUUGCAAAAGAAUAAUGUUGACACGAUUCCGAACACGAAGUCAAGAACAUUAACAAAAGUUAUAUUUUCUAAACAACCAAAGACACCAACACAGUUAAUAAAAUUAGAAGAAGAUGCUAGGAAUAAAGCAGUCAUUGCAGAUGACAGUUACAAGUACAACCUAUCAAUUGUAAAUAAGACGAGACAUGAAUAUUAUGACAUACAACUGCCUCGUAUAGUCACGGCUCUAAAAGAAAUUUCUGAUGAAUGCGAUGUAGGAAUACAGUACCAUUUGGCGCGCUACGCUUAUCUUUAUGAGAAUACCAUGGUGAGCGAUGCAUUGGUGAUAAGUCCUGUCAAUCCGGAAGACGGACCAUCAUUACGGAAGUAUGUUGAGCAAAUCAACAACGAGGAUGACUAUACUACAUUCAUGCAAUCUUAUACCUCAAAAGCUAAGAAAAAUAAAAAUUUCGAUAUACAAUAUGAUCCAUAUCUUAUGUCAGAACAAGCCGUCAAUAUUAUGAGGCCGAAAAAUACGUUUGGGGUUGAUUUAGCUGAACAGAUGCAAAGAGAUGCAGUUGAAGUCCCUUUGAUUUUAUUAAAAUGUGCAGAGACGAUUGAACAGAUUGGUGGACUAGAAGGUCAAGGUCUUUAUCGAGUCUCGGGAAUUCAGUCACAUAUUCAAAAGUUGCGGAAUCUAUUCGAUAAAAAUCCCGAGGCCGUGAAUCUUCUUGCCGAAGGAGAUCUAAUCGCAGAUGUAAAUAAUAUUACGAGCGUUCUGAAGUUAUGGUUUCGCGAAUUGCCAGACCCUCUUUUCACCAGAGCUAUGUAUCAUGAAUUCAUUAAUGCAGCAAAAAUCCCAGAUGAUAGAAAACGUGUUCUUGAGCUUCAUGAUCGUGUUAAUCACCUUCCUGAUCCAAAUUAUAGCACUUUAAAAUAUUUAAUGGGACAUCUACACAAAGUUGUUUCUCAUCAAGAUGUUAACAAGAUGACGGUGCAGAAUCUUGGAAUUGUGUUUGGGCCAACUUUGAUGGGUAGCUCUCUUUCUUCACAGGGUUUAAAUAUGCAACAAUUAGGAUUAAAUAACAUGGAUAAUGCCGGACUUAAUGAUAUG